AUGGAUGUUUCAACAGAAUUACAAGAUGUUAUGGACAUUGAAGAAACACAAGAUCCAGUUAUACGUAAGGGUCGAGGUUUUAUGACACAAGAUGAAACAAUGUUUUUGAGUGGGGAAAAUAUGGAAACUCAGGUUAUUACGGAUGGUAAUGACGAGUUGAGUGCAUGGACAGGAUCAGGAAUGCGUGCUAUACGAUCAAUUGAAGGAUGGAUUCUAUUGAUAACGGGGUUACAUGAAGAAACAUCUGAAGAAGAUCUUCAGGAUAAAUUUUCGGAAUAUGGAGAUAUCAAAAAUUUACAUUUAAAUUUGGAUCGAAGAACAGGUUAUGUUAAGGGCUAUGCACUUAUUGAAUAUUCAAAUUUAUCUGAGGCUAAAGAAGCAAUUGAAAAAUGUAAUGGAACAGAAUUGUUAGAAUCAAAGUUAUCCGUUGAUUUUGCUUUUGUUGAACCCAUUGGAAACAUGUCAAUACAGAGAGAUGCACGAAAUUAA